GAUCACCAACCUUUUUCCUUUUUACCCCCCCCCCCCCCCGAGUUCAAAAAGGCCAUAUAAAUCAAGAAAAAUGUCCGCCUCCACCACUCAGCGGGAAAAUCCCACUCACCCAGAAUAUCAAUACCUAGACCUAAUCCACACCAUUCUAACCAACGGUGAGCACCGACCAGACAGGUAUAAAACUCAAUGCCCCACCUUCCCCUCCUCCCCCCACCCAUCAAAACCAAAAUCUAACAGACCCCCCCUCUCCCCCCCCCAAACCAAAUAGAACAGGAACAGGGACAAUCUCCCUCUUCGCGCCCCCACAGCUCCGCUUCAGCCUGAAAAACCACACAUUCCCCCUCAUAACGACGAAGCGCGUCUUCCACAAAGCCAUCAUUCAUGAGCUCCUCUGGUUCAUUUCGGGCUCGACUAGUAACGCCCCGCUCUCAGCGGUGGGCGUGAAGAUCUGGGAGGGCAACGGGUCGCGCGCCUACCUGGACAAGAUCGGGCUGACGGAGCGUGCGGAGGGUGACCUGGGCCCCGUCUACGGCUUUCAAUGGCGGCACUUUGGCGCCCAGUACGUCGACUGCAACACGGACUACUCAGGUCAGGGUGUGGAUCAGCUCGCGGACGUCAUACACAAGCUCAAGAAUAACCCCUACGACCGGCGCAUCAUCAUGAGCGCUUGGAACCCGGCCGACCUGACCAAGAUGGCGUUACCACCGUGUCAUAUGUUCGCCCAGUUCUACGUCUCCUACAAGGAAGGGAAAGGUAAGGGGGCGUUGAGCUGCGUGUUGUACCAGAGGAGCUGCGAUAUGGGGCUUGGUGUCCCGUUUAACAUCGCUUCGUAUGCCCUCCUAACGAUAAUGGUUGCGCAUGUGUGUGACUUGGAGCUUGGCGAGUUUAUCCACACUAUGGGGGAUGCGCACGUUUAUUCCGACCAUGUGGAUGCGCUGAGGGGGCAGUUGGAGAGGGUUCCUAGGGAGUUCCCUACUAUGAAGAUCAAGAGGCGGGUGAACGAUAUUGAUGACUUCAAGUUUGAGGAUUUUGAACUCGUGGGGUAUGAUCCACACCCUGGUAUCAAGAUGAAUAUGUCAGUAUGAUGGGGAAGCAACUCCAGCUAGGAGGAGGAGGGAUCAGUAGCUGUUGCUGGAGUUAAUUAUACUCGAUACCAUGUUUUUUUAUUAUCAGCAUCGAACAAAAGAAAGGUCUAUGUGAGCCUAGGCGGAACUAUAGGCUUGGCUACAGUAAAUAAAACUGAAGGAAAAAAAGAAAAAAAAACUCCAAAUACGCCAACAGAAAAAAUAGGGAGGAAAGGAAAGGAUGAAGAGAACCCGAGAAAUACCACCAUCAAUCCUGAUCGAUACAUGAAUGCUGCAAAAAAACAAAUCACUACCAGAGGGAUAGGAGGGAAGAACUCCAACCCGAUCUCAUUAAACCAGAUGUAGUAAGAAAGCCAGACCAAAACUUAAUCCCGAAAGUAGCAUAUCCCCGCUCUUCGCUCAACCACUCCGCUCCCUCCUAGGCCUGGGUAGUCUCUCCCUAACAACCCUCCUGUCAGUACGAGCAGUGGAACUACCCAUCCUCCUGUCUCCCGCAGCCCUUCCCCCAACUCCACUACUGCCGCCAGCAUUUCCGCCCCCAUUCCUCCCUCUACUACCACCUCCAUUCUCCUCCUCAAUCUCGAACCCCAACCUCUGUGUCAGCUCAAUGAAAUCAUGCGUCGCGAAAUCCUGCGCCUUGGCAGUCCACUUUCUCACAAACCCUUCAAUCACCCCACCGACAUUUUCCAAGCUAGAACUAGUCCCCCGGGCAAGCUCCAUAAGCGUCCCCGCAAUGGAUUCUUCCGGUUGUAGCCCUACCCCCGCCUCGCCUCCGGAACCUCCGAGUGCGCCAACGCCGGGAGUCAUUCCCCUAAACACACUAGUU